AUGUCUAAAUCCAAUUUCGGGAAUACAAAUGACGGAAAUACUAGCGGAAGGUUCUUUGAGAAUCCCACAUUAGCUGCAGAAAUAACUGGCAUUAGCUAUGAACUGAUAUACAGACUAAAAGUCAUAUUGGAAGCAAUUUCAAGCGGAUUUAAAAUUGAUCCGGUAAAUUAUGAAAUAUAUGCUUCAGAAACUGCUCGACUUUAUGUUAAGUUAUAUGAUUGGCAUCCUAUGACGCCAACAAUGCACAAGAUUUUAGUGCAUGGUGCAGUCAUUAUUGAAAAGGCAUUGUUACCAAUCGCAAUAAACAUUUCAGAAGUUACCGACAAGAUUUUGCGAGGAAAUUUUCCAGGGAAAGUUGUAAUCAGGACAUUUUUAAUCGCCUUCUGCUUGGUUCAGAUCCUGUGCUAA